GUUCAAGGGGAGGGAACCGCAGUGGCUUUGUAAUAUAAAUAAGGCUAACGCACUGUACAGUUACACAACAUAAAGACAACUGUGAAGACUUCAAAGACCAACGGAUUUUGCAAGACAUAACAAUGGAGGAGCUCAGGAUUGUGGUGGUGGGAAAGGUUGGAGCCGGGAAAACUUCACUCAUCAACACCAUCCUUGGGAAGGAGAGUACAGCAGAGUACUGUGGUUCAGAGUGCGAGGUGACCCAAGGAGUGUAUGAGAAGGAGCCGGUGGUUUUCAUCGAUACUCCUGGUCUUCUCCGCACCGACUUAACUAAAGAGAAGUUAACAGAGGAGCUCUUGAAAUGCAUCCUACGUGCUGCUCCUGGUCCUCACGUGUUCCUGUAUGUGAAGGAGAAGGAGCCUUUUACUACAGAGGAAGAGCGCGCUGUGAAGCAUCUUGAAAGGAUUUUUAAAAAUUCGAAGGCGUUCUUCUUGGGCGUUGUCAUGAGUGAUGAAAUCAUAACUGAGGAAGAUUGCGCUAUAAUACAGAGGAGCUUCAUGGGAAAAUUUGGCGGAUGCAUUGUUUUCAACACAGAAGAGCCCAACGUGUCCGAGCUAGUGAAGAAGAUCAAGGAGAUGGCUGAGAAACAGGGACAUUACACCAAUGAACUGAGCAAGAAGACAAAGACAAUCAGCAAGAAUCAAGACAAAACAGUCAAAGCUACUGUUAAAAAAAUACAGCGUGGUCUUGUGGAGUUUUAUCACUCACUGAAAAUACAUCUUAGCCAGUUAUUAGAUAUUUAGACGGUUAAAAUGCACCCUACUGCAAAUUAACCAAGGAAAAGCUAAGAAGCGAGGAAAUAAAGCACAGAGCUAUAGAUGUCGAUAUAUAGUGAGUGAAACGCGUCCAUUCCCAAAACCUACGUCCCCUUUUGGACUCAAAACAAAGACUUGGAUUUGAUUAAUAAUAAGAAUUCCAGUGAAUAAAUCCCCAAAACACACGUAAGGAUAAGUGAUUAAAUAACAGCUAUCAAAGAACAUGUGAUUCAAAGUAAAAAAAAAAAAAAAGAAAGAAAAAAUCUAAAUUUAACUUCAGAAAAAAAAUCUUUUCAAAAUAUGGUGAAUACACCAAUAUUAGUAGGAUAAUAAUAUUUUCAAUAUUACUUGAAUAAAUAUUAAUAUCAAAGUUGUAAUUCUUUGAAAUAAAAUGCGUGGACUUUAUUCUUGAUUUUUUUUUUCUUUUUUGCCCUAUAUGUCUUUUAGAAACACAUGGAAGUACAAAAGUAUGCAACUAAUCCUGUAACUCAUUAUAAUGAUGACGCCUUCUCAAAAUAAAGUUUUAGAAACAAACAACUGUCACCGUGACAAACCUGUCACUAUCUGUAGCUCGUGUUGUUGUUUACUGUAUUUAUACAUAACAGCCAAAUGCUUAAUUAUAAAUUAGCUGUACUAUUGUCACUCCAGUGCUGUUCAGUUUGUU